UAAUGUAUUAUAAGCAAUGUUAAGAUAUGAAGAAGCUAUUUCAUAUUAUGAUAAAUCGAUUGAAAUAAGUCCGUUAAUAGAAGAAGCUUAUCACAAUAAAGGUAACAUAGUUUUUCUAAUAAUCUUUUCAAGGAGACGCAUUAAGAAUUUUAGAACAAUAUGAAGAAGCAAUUGAUAGUUAUUAAAUUUAUUGGAUAUAAUCCUAGUUGUGAAUUAGCUUAUUACUACAUAGGUAACAUAUUUUUAUAUAUUUCUUUUCAAGCCACUUCACCAAUAGACUUUACCACAAAAGAAGAAUAGUUUUUUUAAGGGUUUUCUUUCAGGAUCUAUAUCCUCUUAUAAAAAACAUUUCACUAAAAGGGGGCUAUCUUUUUCAAAAAAUAUUUUAGAUUUUUAAUUAAUCUAAAUUUUUUCCACAUAAUAUUUUCACAAGAAUCAUCAGUUAAUAUUUAAGAAUAAUUAAUUUUGCAAAUCUCUAUCCUAAUUACAUUAGUUCCUAAAAAUUUAACCAUAAUAGAUUAGAAUAAACUAUUUACAUUGUAAAAAUUUUAGAUCUCUCUAAUCUAAUAUUUAAAUCAACUAUUUUUAUAAAUAUAGAUUUUGAAUUGA